UUCUGGUUUUUUGGAUCGGUUCUUCAUAUGGUGGGAUAGCAUAAAGGAUUGGCACACAAAAAACGUAAGCAACAAGAAUAUACCCCACGGGCCGCUGGAUUGAACUGUGUGUAAAUGGAGAAGGAAAAUCAGAGCAAAUGAAACUGGUUCUACCAGUUUUGGACGACCUCCUCCCAUGAGUCACUCGGCGGCGGAUGGAUGGAUGGCCAGAUAGGACAGAAGACGGUGAAGAACGGAUACGAAAGAUGAAGGGUGCCAUGAAGAAACUGUGCUGAAUGGUGGAUUGUUGUGAGCAGAUUAAAUUUUGGAAAGCUCAAUAGAUUGAUUGCAUUCUUCAGCCUGGAGUUUUUAGUUCUGAUGGUGUUGUUAUAUCGGUUUUUAUGUUCAACUUAUUGAUAAAGCUUUCAUUGGAAACCCAUAUUUGAAUUCUACCUUCUCCUACCCAAAUGUAAUCUACUUUCAUUGAUGCUGUUCGGAUUGUUCGGAGAAGUGAAAAUAUAACUAGCAAUAAUUUGUUCAAUGGACUCAGAAUUUUGACCACUGUGUGGUGUGAGUGAGAGAGUGCAAACAGCAGUGUUGCUAGAAUGGUAGUUUGCUUCCGAUAUCAUUUUUGAGUUAACGUCCAGACGAUUUUAUUUUGGACAUCGUUAUUUUGAUCUCCACUGGAAGAUACAUCCCACACAAAGUGUACCCCGACCAAGUGUGUUCUGGUGACAGUGUGUUGGUGGGAGUUGUUUUAUCAGAUGAAUCUGAUCCUGUUGUUGUUGGAAGCGAGAGAAGCGACCGACCAAACCGACGGAUGCUGAUGUGCUGUGUCUUUGUUCGCAGUCUUCGUAGACACGCUGAAUGAGCGAUUCAACGCCACACGAUUAGCUCAGCUUGCCGCGAAGUAGCAUUGCUAGGUCGGUAGUGUAAAAUUAGUGUAGGUCGCCAACCCUGGCGAAAAAGCCCUCUUUAUGGAAUCGAAUUUGAAAAUCUAACUGCCCAGCUGUCGAGCUGGUCCCCCAGAUGAAAGUGAAAGUGCAUGUGUGAAGUGUUUGAAUAUUCACGAAGAAAGGAAAAGUGAUCCAAGUGUUUCCGCAGAAAGUUAGCCUCGAUUUGCCUAAUCGCCAAGUGAUAGCGUUAGUAGUGUUUGGCAAAAAUCUUUCCCCAAGAGCUCGUUUCGAUUUGGAUUGUGUUCAUAAUAUGUACGGAAAGCGAAAAGAUAAAUGCUCUCCAAUCAAUCCGCUCCAAUAGAGAACACGGAGUGGAACCUAGUGCAAAACACCUCGUCAGACUCGGCGCAAAAAAUCGCAAUACAUAAAUAAAAUCCAUCAUCCAGUCCAGACUAGCCGUCAACCAAAGGGGAAGCUCUCGAAUGCGCCGUGAUUCAGUCGCACGGAUGCAAUGGUGAUAAUUCAUUCAUUCGUUUGUCGUCGUCCGCGUCCGCGUCGCUGAUGUGGUGUUCCGAAGAACCCCCACAGUCGUUAUCAGUUCAAUAGAGAAUCGUGAAUUGUCCCCAAGCCCCCUGUUGGAUUCAUGGGGCUGUUGUGUUGACGGGAGUGAAUGGUUCCGGAGUAGAACGUCGACGAUGACGCCGCUAUGACGAAGACCAUAGCUACGCUUUCGAGGACUACGGUGACGGUUCAACAGACCAGAAAUUCAAAUCGCACUCGAGUGCCCUGGAUUUUGUGAACCAACGGAUGUCAAAAACAAAUACCCCCCUCUCCAAUUUGGAAGAAGUAGAAGUAUAAGUGCUAGGCCAAAAGUUCCCCCGAAAAUUUACCAAGCAGGAGUGUAUCCAUUCGCGAGAAGAGCCAAUUAAGUUCGAUACAAUAGCAGCUCGGUAGAGAAGUUUUGGUGUACCUACUAGGGAAACGGUCCCGCAAAAAUAAGUGAGUGCAUGCAGCAACGAGUGCGCGGUUGUUUAUUAUUUCAUGUUCGAUUGCUCCUCGGUGCCGGAGAAGGAAAAAAGAAAAAUUCACCAACCUUCACUAUAGCGAAUCAGUCGUCGUCGUUCAACCUCUAGUUCGGCCACCAAACGCGGGCCCGGGUCUGUUUUGGCUGAUUGGCGCUGAUCGACGGAGAGGAGAAGAGACCGUGUCUCGUCGGCAGAGGCCAGCCAGGGGGCGGCGGUGGUGGUGUUUGGAAAAUGUUUCUAAAAUGUGGAUUAAUCGUUUUCACUCUUCUCGUCAUCGACAUCGAAAGUGGCUACGUAAGAGAGACAAGGAAAGAACGUCCCCUCAACGAAUACAUAUCCCACUACGAAACCCUCAGCUACGACCACAAACAUCUGCAUGCUAGUCACAGUAGGGCGAAACGAUCGGUCACCAAAGAUCACCAUGUAUAUCUUAGGUUUAAGGCGCACGGAAGAGAUUUUAACAUUAGGCUAAGACGAGAUCUCAGUACAUUUAGCGAUAAGUUAGAAAUUCACACCGAAAGCGGUCCAAUCCAGGCGGACACCUCGCACCUCUACCAGGGGGAGCUGCUGGGCGAUCCGGACAGUCACGUGUUCGGCUCGAUCAUCGAUGGGGUGUUCGAAGGGAAGGUGAUAUCCUCGCGGGACAGCUACUAUGUCGAGCGGGCCAAGCACUACUUCCGGAACAGUUCCGAUCCGGAGACGCACCCGUUGCACCACGGGGUGGACGGCCAUGCGGAACCGUUCCAUUCGGUCAUCUACAACGAGAAGCACGUGGAUGACCCGUACCGGCAGCGGAGGACAGGCCAUCCCUCCGGAUGUGGUAUCAACGACGAGGUGUCCCUUUGGAUGGACAGUGUUCAAAACUCCGCGCUGGAAAAUGAUGCCACCGAUGAGGAAGUGGCAGAUGAUGACGGUGCAGAGGAAGACAACGGUGCCAGCACGGAGGCGACCAAGCAAAGCAGGCAAACCGCCGCCAGCAGUGGAGAUAAUAAUGUGAAUAAUUUAAACGGAAAUUUAUUCCAAAAAUCAUCAACUCAGCCAAACUAUAAUAAUGUUAACGGUAGCAGCGGCGGCAGCAGCCAGAACUAUAAUAAUAAUUAUCGUAGAAGUAAUUCUAAAGAUAAUGUGAAUACUAAUUAUAACAAAGCCAACGGCGGCAGCAAUCGGAUCGAGACCGGGUAUGAGUUUAAAUAUCCGCACGAGAAGUACUCGAAAGCGGCCAACUGGAUGGCUGCCGGGGAACAUCCGGAGGACCGGGAGUGGCACCAGCGGUCACACGAACGGGUCCGGAGGGCAACACGACCCAAAGAGGAGAACAAAAACACCUGCUCGCUGUACAUCCAGACGGAUCCGCUGAUUUGGCGUCACAUCCGGGACAGCAUAGCCGAUCACGACCGAGGUCGCAAAUCGGAAAUUGAUGAGAAAACUCGCGAGGAAAUCCUCUCGCUAAUUGCUCACCACGUAACGGCCGUCAACUACAUCUACCGGAAUACCAAGUUCGACGGGCGGAUAGAACAUCGUAAUAUUCGAUUCGAGGUGCAAAGAAUCAAAAUCGACGACGAUUCGGCCUGCAACGAAAAUUACAACGGAGAGUCCAACCCGUUCUGCAUGGAGAACAUCGAUGUGUCGAACUUCCUGAAUCUGCACUCGCUGGGCAACCAUGAGAUUUUCUGCCUGGCCUACGUGUUCACCUAUCGAGAUUUCACCGGCGGUACCCUGGGUCUGGCUUGGGUCGCAUCGGCAUCCGGUGCUUCCGGCGGUAUCUGCGAAAAGUACAAGACCUACACGGAAACGGUGGCCGGUCUGUACCAAAGCACCAAACGUUCCUUGAACACGGGUAUCAUCACCUUUGUCAACUACAACAGCCGGGUCCCUCCGAAGGUGUCCCAACUGACGCUGGCUCACGAGAUUGGCCAUAAUUUCGGGUCACCGCAUGACUACCCGGCUGAGUGCCGUCCGGGAGGUAUCAACGGCAAUUACAUCAUGUUCGCCAGUGCCACAAGUGGUGAUCGACCGAACAAUAGCAAAUUCUCCACUUGCUCCGUGCGGAACAUUUCAAAUGUGUUGGACGCGAUCGAGGACAGUAAGAAGCGAAACUGCUUCCAAGCUUCGGAGGGUGCAUUCUGCGGCAAUAAGAUUGUGGAAAUCGGAGAGGAAUGCGACUGUGGGUUCAACGACGAAGAAUGCGCCGACAAGUGUUGCUAUCCUCGGGUGAUUAGCGAAGUAGAUCUGGGACUGAAUGCUACGGCAAAGGGCUGUACACGACGGGCCAGAACGCAAUGUAGCCCUUCACAGGGACCGUGCUGUGAUAGCAAUAGUUGCAAGUUCGUCUCGAGCUUCUCCAACGUGACCUGUAAGGAAGAAACCGAGUGUUCCUGGAGCUCAACUUGCAACGGUACGACUGCCGAGUGUCCCGAGCCGAAACCACGGGACGAUAAGACCAAGUGCAAUAAUGGAACCCAACUGUGUAUCAAGGGUGAAUGCGCUGGGUCCAUUUGUCUGCUGUGGAAUAUGACUGAGUGCUUCCUAACGUCCAACAUCAUUCCGAACAUAGACAAACGGAAGCUGUGCGAGCUGGCGUGCCAAAACGGGAACGAUACCAGCACCUGUCGCAGCACCAGUGAGUUUGCUCAUCUCUUCGGAUUACCCGACGGUGGGAUUAGUUUACGUCCAGGAUCACCCUGUGAUAACUUCCAAGGAUACUGUGAUGUAUUUUUAAAAUGCCGUGCCGUGGACGCCGAGGGCCCGCUGGUGCGGCUCAAAAAUUUACUGUUCAACAAGCAAACCCUGCAAACCGUGGCCCAGUGGGUGACGGAGAAUUGGUACAUGGUGUGCCUGUUCGGCAUCCUGUUUGUGAUCUUUAUGGGUAUGUUCAUCAAGUGUUGCGCCGUGCACACGCCCAGUUCGAACCCGAAGAAACCACCGGCCCGGCGGAUCACCGACACGCUGCGAAGGCCGAUGAAUACCCUGAGGCGAAUGCGUCAUCCUCACGGUGGUCACGGGCCCCGAAGUGUUCCUGUGCCGCACAAUGACCGAUCCCGAAGUGGAGGCGGUGGCGGCGGCGGUGGAGGCGGUAGAAGCCGAGGUGGGGGUGGAGGCGAUGGCCACGGUGAACGCCGCAGUGGGCACCCGACCUCCUCUGGCGGCUCUCGGCCGUCUAACAGUAGUAGUUCCAGAGUGCCAGCGCAUGGGUAUGGUGAAGGCAGAGGCCAACAAUACUAUCCACCGAAAGCAACCGCUCCGCUAAUACAGAAUUAUAGCAGGAUGAACAGUGCCGAGCUGUACGCCGAAGCCUAUCCGGAUCGGAGCACGUACGGCGAGCUGCCCCGGCGCCACCACCCGAACAAUAAGGUCUGACAAGAUGGACGUUUUACCACCAAAGGCAGCAUCAUACCGGGCGAGUCGUCGACGGCCAUCUACAGCAUUGGCAUGAACAACAAUAACAACAACAGCAACCGAAGCAGAGAUGGCAGCGGUAGCAACAGCAGUGGGUUCUUUGAGAAUGUCUACUACUACAACAAUAACAAUAUUUAUAAGAUAUUUUUAUUUUUCUAAGGUGAACCAAAAAACAAACUCAUUGAUACAAGCAAACGUGAGAAAUGGACGGGGAAACUCAAAACAUGUACACAACAACAACAAAAAACUAGGAAACCGAGAAUCAAAUAGACGUUUUUUCUCAUUAUCUAAAAAAACAAAUAGAGGAAAAGAUAACACAAAAGCAAAACGUAAAAUUGUCAAAGAAGAGAGAGAAAAGUUUGGAAGGAAUCUGUAGAGCGAAUGAGUAUUAUUAAGUGGAAGAUUACAAAAGAAAUAAAGAAAAGUGAGAGAUGUUAGUUUUUAAUCAAAAUUUGCUGAAACUAAACAAAAUGUUCGUGGUAUUGUAUUAGAGUAAAUUUGAUGGAUUGGUAAUCGUUGAUUCUUGGUCUUUUAGUUCCAGUGGCAAUAUGUUCUGAUGAGUUUUAGAAUGCUAGAGAAAGGAGAGCAGGGAUGGAGAAACGAGUGAAAAAGCAAACGUAUCAAAACUAGAUUAGCGCCGCGUGUCGGUCGUAAAAUGAGAAACGAAGUAGAAGGCAGUUACUGAAAAAUUGUACUAUCCUCCGGGUCCAGAAAAAUAGUGAACAAAACAAACAAAAAUGUGUUAAAAGCAAAACAAAUAACUAUUAUAGAAUACAAAUUUAACAAGAAUGGUGGAGUAACCGUAGGAAUGAAAAUAUAAGAAGGUUUAUUAAGUUUUUACAUUUGUCUUCUGUUGACCGUAGCGGCAUAGUUUAGGUGAAAUAUUGUAUGAAGAUCGGCAAUGGUUUUGCGUCGGAUUUUUGACAGGCGUGGUCGCGAGUUUCCCUCCGUGUGUUUUUGUCGUCGAACGAACUCUUCGACUGCCAACGAUUUUCUCUUUACUACUUAAUUAGGUGCGUUAAAAUUGCAACACUCAAACACAAAACACAUUUUAGGACAGCGUAACGGGAGCAAACCCCACAAAAGUAGUACCAGUUAGGUUUUGAGACCGUAUCGCUUGGGAAGAUACUAUUGACCGCAAGAAGACGAUAAAAAAUGCUAUAUGUGAUAUAUAUUUUUCUAAAACAAAAAACAGCAAAUCUGAACAAAACAUGGAAUGUGGCGAAGCAAUUCAUCUUGAAGGAACUGAGUGUGACAACUGUGAAGACAAAUAAACGUCGUAAGUAUUAGCAACGGAUUUGGUUUAGUAGUGGACGACAUGAUUUUAUCGCUAGGAGGACUGAUCAUAUUUCACCCGUUUCCAAACCCGUUGAAUAAAUGAUAUGCAAAACUGCCUACAACCAGUAACGAUAUUGGAACGAUACAGUCCCACUCAAGUCAUAAUAGGAUUCUCAGAAUAAAGCCAAAUGCUCAAGUCCCCAAGUUUCUCCACUCAGUGAUUGUUACUUUGUAAGCGUUGUAACUUUGAACGAUUGCCAACAUUUCUACGUUGAUUUCAUUAACGCAAACAACGUCACUGAUAGACACUCAACGCAGUGCAUCACAAAACUAGUUAGUUUUAAGAGUUUUCCAUUUUUUGAAAAGUGAAUAUUUUAGGCCAAAAUGGGAGAAAAAUUUCUAGUAAUUUUAUGUAGCUAUAAUAAAUUUAUCCCAGUUCCCCAGUUCUGUUUAGGUUCCUCAAGACAAAUUAUUGCCGUUUGUUUUAGUUACUAUUUCCAUCUAUUAGCUAAGAGCAAAUUUGUAAUUUACUAUCAUUCUACGCAAACAUUCGUUCGGAUCUCGAAGAUAGACGAAGAGGAGGCAUUUAGAGAAAUCUCUGCGGAACGAAACAUUCAAAAUGAAAAGAAAUGCAAAAAAGAAGAUAAUAAUCAGCAUAUAGGAAUGAACAGAUGAGAAAGAAUCAUUGUAAAGAAUCCCGAACCAACUGCAAUUCGGCACAUAAACAUACACACGUACAUGCGACAGAUUACGCAGUAGCAUUGAAGGGAAAUGGAAGACUCGACUCGAGCAGUUAGAUGGGAGGAGCGAAACAGAAAAAAAAAAAAACAAUAUAUAUGAAGAACUAUUUUUUAAUUUUUAUUAUAUACAUUCAUAUUAGAAACAUACAUAUUGUAUAAAUUUAGAAGUGAACAGGAAAACUCUCCGUGUGAACAAGAAGUCUCCUAAAAACAGUAAAAUGGACAAACAAGAUGUACUAGCAUGCAGAACGGGAUUAAACGGAUUCAGAGUGUGGACGAGCAUGUGUGGGUGAGAAAGAGAGAAAGAAUAGUAUAGACAGCUUAGUGGAAGAAUUUGGACAGUACUCCGGAACGUUUAUUGUAUGUAUCAUGAACAUGCAGAACAGAAAUGACGAGUAACAAAAUACACAACUGUAAAUGUUUGUACAUAGA